AUGGCUGCUGUGAGAACUUAUAUCUUGGCGCCAAACCUCCAGUUCAAGCCAUCAGGCCCUAUACAGCUGUGCAGCAUUAUAGCUGAUCCGUUUCGACCAACCAAGACGCUAUCAACUCUCCCGCAAGAGGCCUUACCGCCAAUGGAGACAAUCAAGGAAUAUAAUCACGAGCUGAGCAGCGAGAAGGGACACCUCAUGAGCAUGGGGUUUUGGGCCCAGUUCCUUUCGACCGUGGGCGGCGAUGCCAGCCUGGAGCAUAAUGUCAACCACGUACAGCGGUACGACAUUGACGAACUCGAGACGCGCUAUAUUCGCGACGAGCCGUCCGCCAACAAUGUCGACCUGGUGCGCAGGCUAGCUGAGCCCAAGGUGCAGGCUGCCAUCAAGGCCGGCCUGUUCGGAAGCCAGCCCGUGUAUAUGAUUACGGGCAUCAAAAUUGCCCGCGGGCUCACUGUGCGGUUGGAGCGAUCCACGCAGCUGGGUGGAGGGUUUGGGCCCACGGUGCCCGUGACGGAGAGCGUAUCUGUUGGCGGCCAGGUCGUGGGCGAGCAUCGUAACAACACGACAAGCGCGUUCCGAGCAGGCGAAGAGGAUAUCGUCUUCGCCUAUCAACUGCACGCCAUUCGACGAAAGGGCAGGAAGAAAGAAACCAAGGUGGAUGUCUUUGAGUCCGAGGCGGCUUUGCUACAUGGUGACGACGGCCCUUAUGAUUCAGAUGUAGAAGGGGCGUCGCUCAGUAUGGUGAAUGCUGAUGACCUAUUUGAGGAUGAUGAGUGUGACGAACUUGCAACCAAGUCCCGCGAGUUGGCCGGUAUUGAUGGUUCGCUAUAUAUGUAUAUUUAA